GCCCAUUUUAAAAUAAAGAUGGCAGCUGUUUUUCAGAUGAAGUUGAGAUUGCGUAAUUCAGAAAAACUGAUCUAUUAAGCUGUUAUUUUAUUAUCUGGCGUUUGCAUGGUAAUAUUCAUUCAGGAUGAGUUGAUUUAUAAAAAAAGCUGUCAAGAAUGGAAGAGGAAAAAGAACAUUUAGCUGCAAUGUUAUCAAUUGUAGAUGAACAGUCACACAAAUUAACAGAAUUUUUAAACUCUGAAGAUUUGAAACCAGAUCUAUCAACAAUAUUUUCAUCUUCUCAAGACAUAAAAACAGAAUUUACAACAUUUUCAUCUAUGGUUGAUGCAAAACCCAACUUGACAUUCACAGCUUCUCAAGAUGUUAAACCAUAUACUACAACAGAAUUUUCAUCUUCUAAUGACACAGAAACAGAAUUUUCAAGUUUUUCAUCUCUUGAUAAAUUUAAACACAACAAAACAUUUAUUAACUUGCAAGAUGUUAAACCUGAUGUUACAACUGAGUUUUUAAUUUGUAAAGAUAAAAAGCCUGCUGUAUCAACAUUAUCAACAUCUGAAGAUAACAAAUCAGAAGUAACAACUUUAUCAAGUAGUAAAGAUUCAAAUCCAGAUUUAUUUACAGGAUUUUUAUGUUUUGAGAAUAAACAACAAAAAAGGCUUGAACUUCAAGUUGAAGAAAAUCUCCAACUUUCUAGAGACAAAAGAUAUCAAAAUUUUUCUAGUCACAAACACAAAUGGUUUUCUCAAAGUUCUAACUUAAAAAAACAUAAAACAGCUCAAGAAGGAAAUAAGCAAGUUGAUUAUGAAAGCUACCAUGAGAAUCUUUCUCAAAGUUGUAAUUUCAGUAAAAAUAAAAAAGAGCACUCAAGAGAUAAGCAAUACAUAAGUAAUGUUUGUAAUAAAAGGUUCUCUUAUCAAUGUAAAUUAUAUACACAUGUGAAAAUGCAUUCAGGAGAUAAGCCACAUGAAUGUGAAGUUUGUCAUAAAAAGUUUGGUCAGAAGAAAAAUUUAUUACAACACAAAAAUGUUCAUUCAGGAGAUAAGCCAUAUGAAUGUGAUGUUUGUCAUAAAAAGUUUGGUCAGAAGAAAAAUUUAUUACAACACAAAAAUGUUCAUUCAGGAGAUAAGCCAUAUGAAUGUGAUGUUUGUCAUAAAAAGUUUGGUCAGAAGAUAAAUUUAUUACAACACAAAAAUUUUCAUUCAGGAGAUAAGCCAUAUAAAUGUGAUGUUUGUCAUAAAAGGUUUACUCGAAGUUCUGGUUUAAGUAAUCACAAAAAAAUUCAUACAGGAGUAAAGCCAUAUGAAUGUGAUGUUUGUCUUAAAAGGUUUUCUCAAAGUUCUACGUUAAAAACACAUAAAAAGGUUCAUUCAGGAGAUAAGUCGUAUGAAUGUGAUGUUUGUCAUAAAAAGUUUUCUCAAAAUUCUACUUUGAAAAUACAUAAAAAGGUUCAUUCAGGAGAAAGGCCACAUGAAUGUGAUGUUUGUCAUAAAAGGUUUUCUCAAAGCUCUACGUUAAGAACACAUAAAAAUGUUCAUUCAGGAGAUAAGUUAUAUGAAUGUGAUGUUUGUCAUAAAAAGUUUUCUAUAAACUGUCUUUUAAAAACGCAUAAAAAGGUUCAUUCAGGAGAAAGGCCAAAUGAAUGUGAUGUUUGUCAUAAAAGGUUUUCUCAAAGUUUUAAUUUAAGAACACAUAAAAAGGUUCAUUCAGGAGAAAGGCCACAUGAAUGUGAAGUUUGUCAUAAAAAGUUUUCUCAAAAUUCUAAUUUAAGAACACAUAAAAAAAUUCAUUCAGGAGAAAGGCCACAUGAAUGUGAUGUUUGUCAUAAAAAGUUUUCUCAAAGUUCUCAUUUAUUAAGUCAUAAAAAGGUUCAUUCAGGAGAAAGGCCACAUGAAUGUGAUGUUUGUCAUAAAAGGUUUUCUCAUAGUUCUACUUUGAAAAACCAUAAAAAGGUUCAUUCAGGAGAAAGGCCACAUGAAUGUGAUGUUUGUCAUAAAAAAUUUGCUCAAAAUUCUACUUUGAUAACACAUAAAAAGGUUCAUUCAGGAGAAAGGCCACAUGAAUGUGAUAUUUGUCACAAAAGGUUUUCUCAAAGUUCUAAUUUAUUAAGUCAUAAAAAGGUUCAUUCAGGAGAAAGGCCACAUGAAUGUGAUGUUUGUCAUAAAAAAUUUUCUCAAAAUUCUACUUUGAAAACACAUAAAAAGGUUCAUUCAGGAGAAAGGCCACAUGAAUGUGAUAUUUGUCACAAAAGGUUUUCUCAAAGUUCUAAUUUAUUAAGUCAUAAAAAGUUUCAUUCAGGGGAAAGGCCACAAGAAUGUAAUGUUUGACAUCCAAGGUUUUCUCAAAGUUCUUGUUUAUUUUUACACCAAAAAAAUUUUAUUAUAGAGAGAAACAAUGUAACUGUUAUAUUUGUCACAAAAAGUUGACUCAGAAUAAUAAUUUGUUAUGAUAUAUGUGUUUUUACAGGUUGUAAGCCAUAUGUAUGUAUACAAGAUUUCAUUCAGGAGAUAAGCCACAUGAAUGUGAUGUUUGUCACAAAAAUUUUUGUCAAAUAUCUAAUUUAAAUACUCAUAAAUAAUUCAUUCUAUAGGUAAGCCAGGAAAUUCAUCAUGACUAAAAAAAAACAAUUUUUAACAUAAAUAAUUUAUUUUAGAGCAAAUUAUUAUUAAAUAUCUUGUUAUACUUUUUUCUCUUCACAUAACUUUAACUAGGGCCAUCGAAUAGUGGGCCAUAGUUUAUUAAUUUUAAUAUUUGUAUUAUGAAAAGGUUCUUUUGUCAAAGAGUAUACCAUGUCUAUUAUACAUACUCAAAAAGAAAUUGUAUUCUGACUGUAAAAGGAAAUAGCAUUCUAUAAUGUCAGCUGCAUGUGUACAAUUUUUUUCUUUAUGUAGCCUACUUUUUAUGAGUGUUAUCUGUAAAUGUGUAUGAUAGGAGAAGUAAGCUAUAACUUUUAGAAACCCAGGGUUUUAUUUUUAUACCCGCAUGGUUUUGUUUACAUUAUUAACAAUAACAGAAGCUAACUAAAAUAAAACACAAAGUUCAAUUCAUUUAUUUACAUUUACUAGAUGUUUACAAUAUAUGUAGGCCCUACUGUUACACAAUCCUAAUUCAUAACUUAACACAUUUACACUAUUCACAAACAGCUCAGUCAGACAUACAGCAACAUGACAGAAUAUCAGGUUGACAGGUAAAACAACCUGCAUUAGACAAGUACAAUGACAUCAGGCCAGCAGUCACAGUGGCAUCUGGCCAACAGGUAGUGACAUCAAAACUUCUGAGGAGACAAUCUUUUUUUAUAAACACUUUAAUAGCAUUAAUUCUAAAAGUAUAAAAUUUCUGAACUAAUUUUAGGCUUAGGUUUUUUUUUUAAUUUAUAGCGCAAUUUCCAUACUGGCAAUUUCAUUUUCACUGGCAAUGCGUCAUUUCUGGAUGGAUGGAUGGAUGUGUGUCCGCAGCUUCAAGUCGUAUCUCCUCCUCAACGAAGCAAUAUCGAGGACUAGUUCCAAAGCAAAUAUGUUAAGCAAGUUCCAAGGAUGAUUGUGGGCCCAAAAAAUUCCCGGAAUUCCUUCCUGGAUUUCCCGGAAAAGCCAAAAUACCUCAAAACAACCCAGACCACUUAGCGACUUGAAACAUUUACCAAUCGAUUCCUGCCAUCAUUUAGAACAAUAUUGCCGAAGAAAGUUUUCAAAAAUAUCCUUUCGUUCAGUCAAAAAAAUUAAUUAAGAAAUAUUUACUACUUUUUUAAACUGAGCAUCGUGUAGGCCUACUCGUUACAAUAAAACUAUUUCCGUUCCUGAAUAUAUGAUUUAUCUCGAUUUAAAAUUUUUAUAGAUAACAUAAGGAAAUUGCGCUUAAAUUGUCACUAGACUUUUUAUUAACUUGUUUAUUUUUACGGUCGCUUUAUUUGCUAAAUAUAAAAAAGCAUAUUGAAUACCCAUUUAAUGAAUUAUAAAUGGUUACAAAGUGCUAAGGUAAAAACAAAGUAGUACAUAUUUUUCUUCAAACCUAGCAACCCAUAGGGUAUAUAAAUUAAUGUUCUUAUGUUUUUUGACCUGGUCAGAUGUAGAGAUGCACCACAUGCAGCUGCCUUUACUUUAUACCAUAUACUCACAAGUCCGAACUAGGAUCCGAACUCGAGCCGCACUGACUAGCAGCAUAACGCUCAACCAAACAACCACGCCAUCACAAAAUAGCACGGUGAAUAUAAAUUAACAAUUUAAAAAUACAAAUUCCAAGUAAGUAUCAAUCGAAAGCCUCUGUAGCGCAGUUGCCAAUAAAAAAAAAAGAAAGCAUUCGUUUAUUACCGGCACUUUUUACGGCCUUGGCGAAGGACCUGUAGCAUAUCAAUGGUCUCGGUCGCAAACCGUCUAACUCAAAAAAAUUCGAUUUCCUUUUUUUUUACAUAAAUCAAAAGCCAGUAUGAUUCCCCAUAAUGCCUGAAAAUAUUAGAGAAAUCUGUUGAAUUAUUAUCGAGAUAUAAUCAUUUGAACAAACCGCCUAUUAUUUCAAGUGCUAAUUAAAAAUCUCGGCGCAAAACGAAUAUCGCUAUAUUUGUCAUUACGUGGAAAACGCAGUAGCACGCCGCAAUCACACAAUUUUACAGCACAUCAGUCACAGUACUUAUAGGUAAGGAUAUUUGGUUAAUUAUGUUCAGAUAUUCUAUUACAUUAUCAUUUAAAAGAAUAAUAAACAUAUAGUAUUUGUUUAUUAUAGCCUAUUUCCAGAUUUUCAAUAACCAAACUGAUGUUUUAAAAUAUAUAGGCCUAUAAUUCACGUGAAACGGAUACCGAUGGCUAGUCUAUUACUAUUAUACAAACAAAUGAAUCUUUUUUUACUCAUAUUAGAACAAAUAUGAUUAAAAUGGUCUUUGCAUUAUGUAUUUAUUUAAUCUUACUUGUUAUUUACAUGUCAAAUAUAUAAUACCAAUUGCAAUUCUAUAUCUAAAUGUAUAUUUCUAUUCGCUGGGUCAAAUGUAACCGGCGUGCGGCACAUAAUAGUGUCAAACACCCCCCCCCCCCCCUGAAAAAUAUCUAUUUAUGGCCUAAUCCGUUUUUUUUCUCAUAUAUACUUUCAUGUUUAUUAAUAUUAUGCAAACUAGCUUCCAAUUGCUUUUUGAAGGGAAAUUUCAUUGUGUUUAAAAUGUAACAUCAUAGGCUUGAAAAGUCUAGGUAAUCUUACUAAACUUAAAAUACAAUCUUUAAAAAAUAUGGGUGUAGGUAAUGGUGGGGUGAAUGAUGAUUAUACUUUGUACCCUAUUCCCGUUCGUUCCUAUUCAAACUCGUGCCAUGAGUUUUGACAACCAGUUAGUACCUGAUUUCUCUAACGGUAUUUAAGGUGAGUGAGAACGAUUGUCUCAGUUUAGUUGGGUUCUCCAAACAAGGUUUGUGUAGGUUAGUCCUGCACUUUCAUAUUUCUUUGUGUACUAGCGUGUGUAUUUAGAAAAGCCUAUAGUUGUAGAUAGUGUAGAUAUUAUUAAACUGAUGUAUUGUUA